AUGCCUGAAGUCGAUCCUUACGGCACUGUACAACCACACACAAUCAUACGACAGCAUUUAGACUACAACCAUUGUCAGCAUCUGCUUAAUCCAGAGCUAAGGAUAAAUGCUCAAAUUGCAAAGAUUUCAAAAAAUGUGGUGGCCGCAUCAAUAGCUCUCCAUAACAAAGUCUCGCAGGUAUUCCUACCAACGGCUAUUAAAUUCCAUUACAUAUUCAACUUGCGAGAUUUAUCAAACGUCUUCCAGGGUUUUCUAUUCAGUACAAAUGAAUGCUUAGUAAAUCCGUCGGAUCUAAUACGUCUUUGGCUACACGAAACACAUAGAGUGUAUGGGGACAAACUAACAGAAGAUAAAGACAUUGAUGCCUUCCUGAAAAUGCAAGUCGAUCUUUGUAAGAAAAAUUUUGAGGAUAUAGAUGAAGGAACAGUGUUUGAGCGUCCCAAUAUUUACUGUCAUUUUGCGGGAGGAAUCGGAGAGCCAAAAUACAUGCCUGUAGCGUCAUGGGUACAACUUAAUAGGCUUCUUACUGAGGCGCUUUCAAGUUACAAUGACCUUAUUGCAGCUAUGAAUCUUGUUUUGUUUGAAGAUGCUAUGAUGCACAUAUGCAGAAUAAGUCGGAUACUUGAAAGUCCCCGUGGAAGUGCUCUUCUUGUUGGAGUUGGUGGAUCUGGAAAACAGUCGUUAUCUCGUUUAGCAGCUUUUAUUUCCAGCCUAGAAGUGUCUCAAAUUCAACUUAAGAAGGGAUAUGGUGUAUCCGAUUUGAAGAACGAACUUUCCAGUUUGUAUAUAAAAACUGGUCUCAAAAAUGUUGGUAUAAUGUUCCUGAUGACUGAUGCUCAAGUAGCCAAUGAACAGUUUUUGGUUUUAAUAAACGAUUUGUUAGCCUCCGGUGAAGUAGGUGAUUUGUUCCCCGAUGACGACAUGGAGAAUAUUAUUGCUGGUGUUAGAAAUGAGGUUAAAGGUGCGGGCCUGCCAGAUACUCGUGAAAUUUGUUGGAAAUUCUUUAUAGAUCGUGUUCGUAAGCAACUCAAGGUUGUAUUGUGUUUUUCGCCCGUGGGAUCUACAUUAAGAGUCAGAUCUAGGAAGUUCCCGGCUUUGAUUAAUUGUACAUCAAUCAAUUGGUUCCACGAAUGGCCUCAAGAAGCUUUGGUCUCUGUAUCUAUGAGAUUUUUAGAAGAAUUAUCGGUUUUACCUAUAACUUUAAGAGAUUCAGUAUCAAGGUUUAUGGCGUAUGUACACACAUCAGUAAAUACUAUAUCAAAAGCUUAUCUUCAAACGAGAGGAGAUACAAUUAUACAACCCCGAAGAGUUAUCUAG